AUGUUGAUAUUCGGAAGAUUGCCUCCUCUCAAUCCUUUUUAUGUUCAAAGAAAUUAUGAUCAGGAUUUAGAUAGACUAAUUAAAGAGAAAAAUGUGAUUAUUUUGUGUGGUGCUUCGGGAACGGGUAAAACGCAACUAGUCCGACAGUGGGUUCACCGAGUAUUAAAAACAAAUAAUAAUAAUUACAAGGCGCUGAUAUGGGUUACGGCCAACCAUUCAGAUACACUUUUAAGCAAUUGCAAACAGAUCGGUGAUAUGUUAGAUAUCGAGGGCUCUGAAUAUCUAUCUGAUGAUGAGCUUAGCAAAUCAAUUAAAACAAAAUUAGAAGAGCAACGUUAUUUAGUGAUUGUUGAUGAUGUUUCUAGUGAAGAAGUAAGAGAUGUCAUUGGAAGAUUCUUACCGGAUUAUAAUGCUGACAUAAUUGUCACCAGUCACUACAAUGACUGGGAUUAUUGUAAACUGCUCGUAAGACAAUGCACCGAAAAUGAUGCCAUUGCUAUCGCCGAACAUAUUUUGAAAGAAAAAGGAGGCAAAUCUAUAGACUCAGCACAUUUGAAAGAACUGGUUGCACACUUCGAAUGCAAUAUUUUGUGGGUAACACAGGCGGCAAAUUAUAUCUCGGAAAAUUUAGGUAGCAAUGUGGUUUCUUACUUAAAUAGCCAACAGAAGUCAGGACAACCUUUGAGUGACUAUAGUAAAAAUCCACAACAAGCUUUAUUGUCUAGUCUUAAAUUGAUUCAACCCGUUGCUAAACACCUUUUUUUUGAAGUAACAUCAUGUGAUUCAUCUUUGAUAGCAUCAAUAAUUUUACAAAUUUGUAGUUUAUUGCCUAGUCAAAACAUACCGGUAGCUUUAUUGACUCAAUAUUUGCAAUUUUGUUUUAAUACUUCAGAACAGCUAUCGGAGAAAUUAAUUAGUAUUUUGUGCAAGAAGACCAUGUUAAUUGAACGCGAAGGGGAUUUUUUGAGCAUGCAUCGUUCUUAUCAAAUGAUAUUUAAUCAAAAUAUAUUAGUUAAAGAAAAUCUUGUUACCGACGUCAAAUUAUCUGAAUAUCAAGCAUGUUUUCUUAGAUUUCUGGUAAAUAAAGUAAGGUGGCGUCGUAGCGAAAUUAUUAGUCCUGUAAAAAUAUUUCAAUGGGAAGAAAAAAUCGACAUUUUUCCGCAUGUUAAAUCAGUAGUUUUGCACCUUAAGCAAGAGGCCGUCUACGAAAAUUUAUUGAUGGAACUAUAUUAUUCCAUUGGUAACUAUUAUGAAACUCGAGAAUUCCUACAUGAAGCAAAAACAUACUAUUUAAAAUCGCGCGACUUGUGUGAAAAAUUCAUAGGAAAAGGAGCAAUCAUGGACCUUUGUGGUUUGCCAAUUGUUGGAAGUAAAGUAAUUGUUGAUAAGAUGAACUCUGGGAUAUACGACGAAAAGCAACUUAGGAUGUAUAGCAUAGAAAUCAUAUAUAAAUUGGCAUCUAUUAAUAUAAGAUUAUGGAAUAACUUGAAUACACAGGAAAAAGACCUAACAGUUCAAUAUCUUGAGCAAUCAUUGCUAAUACACCCAUUACUGAUCAAAUCAGAUGAAUUCCGAGCUUAUCGAGAUCAAUAUUACACAACUCGCAACCUAGCUGUCGCUUACAAGAAGCAAGGUAAUCUGGAUGAAGCAGAAAGAAUUACUUCUAAUUUGUUGAAUGCCGAUUACAUCAGAAAAGACGCCGAAAUACGUUCACUUGUCUACCUUGAUGUGGCACGAAGAGAAAUAUAUUUAAAUCCUCAAAAGGCGAUUGAUUAUUUAAAAGAAAGUUUAAACGCAAUUCAGUCCAUCGCAGAAGAAAAUUAUUCUUAUGGUAAUCGUACAAAAGAUAUGAUAACUAUUUACAUUGAAUUAGGAUGCGCUCAUUUAGAAGCCGCCCGUGCAUAUUCAGAUGAAGAAAGUAAAUAUAAGGCAUUAAAGGAGGCAGAUAUUCAUCUAUGCCACGCCUUGAAAUUCAAUCACAUGUAUUAUAAACGAGAAGAUAAUCGAACUGCGGGAAGAAUUUACUAUCAUUUGGCAGAAGUUAAUGAGUCAAUGAAAUAUUAUUUCUUGGCGCAAGGGGCUCUUGAUCAGAUAAAAGAAAAGUUUAACAAAACAAAUGAUCCUCACUUACUUAAAGAGUAUGCUGACAUUUUGAUGGCAACGAAUGAUCCAGAAAAAACAAAGUUGGCUAUCUCUAAAUAUAAAAGUUAUUUGGCCAGUAAUCCGGACAAGAAAAACUGUGCCUCGGUGUAUGAGCGAUUAGGUUACGCUUUUUUCCAACAAACGGCCAUUAAAUCCGAGGGUGAAGUCUUAGAAGAGCAAAAAAAAAAUGCGAAGGCUGCUUAUAAAGAAGCACAAAAGCACUAUAAUGACCUAUUGGAAGAUAUCGAAUUUUUUGGAAAUGAUUCUAUUAAGUUUGAUUACAACAAAUGUCUCUGGGCAAUUGAAGAAUUGGAAAAGGAAAAGCUUUCUGAUAUUCGUUUAGACAAAAACAAUGAUGAAUUAUUUAUUCAGAAACUAGUCAGUGCGUUGUUAAGACGAUACAAUCAUUAUCGAAAAAAAUUGUCAUCAAACUACCAAAUCGGAGACAAGACUAUGGUUACCACAGAUAUAGUCAAAGCUGUAGCAGAAAUUAUCCCUACCGUAAGCAUCGGUACAGAAUGCGGGGUAUCCAUGACAGUAGAUCCUAAAGAACUUGUAAAAGCAAUGGCAAAUAUAAUUCAAUCGAUACACACUGGUAAGAUGAUGCUUAAGGCAGAACAAAUUAUGAACACCUUGGAAGACGAUAAUGAAACAAUGAAGAUGCUUUUUAAAGAAGCUGCAGAAAAAAUAGAUGGAAUUUAUGCAGAUCAAAUACAACAGCUCGAACCCGAAUCUGUUGAAGCACUUGCUCAAUUUAUUUCAAAACAAUUGUUUGAUUAUUUAGGUUCAAAUAAAGUAGACUUUAUUCUUAGUCCGACCGAGUUACUCAUUGCAGGGUUGCAUUUUACCGCAUAUAAGAAGAAUUGUUUGUUAACUACUCUGGACGGAAUUCUAUGGAAUGCCAAGGAAAUGCUUUGUAGUACGGGUAUCAUCACUUCCGACGGCGGUGUUUACAUUUAUAUCAAAGAUCCUGGACGCAAUCUUAAAUAUGGAUUCCGUCAUGAUAAAUUACCAUAUAAUCGUUGCCAUUACGAACGCCACAGCAACAUGAUGGAAGCUAAUAAACGACUUAUGCAAUUAGUGCAGUUGCAAAAAAUAUCAAAAGGAUCUAAAUGUUGCAUUUCAUAG